AAGAUAAACUUAUAUAAUUCAAUACAAAACUAAUUAAUAAGUAGUUAGCAAAAAAAUUAUUCUAUUCAUGCAUUUGCCAAGUGAAAGUAUAACAAGUUGAGCGCUAAGCACUUUCGAUGGCAACAAAAAACUAUCGAUGCUUCCGUAGUGGCUUAGAUAGAUUCCCAGCACUAUUGCACGCUAAAUUCAGCAUUUUGUAUUUAAAUAAUUAUACAGGUGGAAUUUGGAAUCAUGGAACCAACCUUAGAAAUAAUAGCCAGCCUAUGUUUCAAAAAACUAAAAUCACUGCCCAAGACAGGAAAGCCAUUGGACAAUGAGUGGACAGUGCUUGCCGGCAUCGUUGAACAUAAUCGCCAAACUGCUACGAGCAAGGUGGUUUCAUUGGGUUGUGGAACCAAGUGCAUCGGCCAAGACAAACAGUGUCCCAAGGGCUACAUCCUAAACGACUCCCAUGCUGAAAUUAUAGCGCGACGAGCAUUCUUGAGAUACCUGUAUCACGAACUAAACAAGGAUACUGAUCAUGAACAGAACAAGGAUACUGAAAGUAUUUUUGAAUGGGACCACGAACUUGUUUGUUAUAAACUGAAAAAACAUUACGAGUAUCAUUUCCUCUGCACCCAUACACCUUGCGGCGAUGCUUGUAUUGGCAAUCAAUUGGACACUGAAGAUGAUGAGGUUAAAGCAAAGCGACUCCGCUUAAACAACGAGGAAGUAAUCUAUACUGGUGCCAAACUAGUUAACAAGUCUGGACCCUUAAAUGACGAAAUGGAACAGACUCCGGGAGAAUUGCGCACCAAACCUGGUCGUGGGGAGCGUACAUUAUCCAUGUCAUGCAGUGAUAAAUUAGCCCGCUGGAAUGUGUUAGGUGUUCAGGGUGCCCUCAUUAACUCUUUAAUCCACGAACCCAUUUACUUUACCAGCUUUAAUUUUUGUAGUUCUGAAGCAAAUGUCGCAGAUAUAGAGAGGGCCAUUUUCAAAAGAUGGCAGCACAAAGAAUUCAGAAUGCAUUUUUAUAAGCCACAAAGGCCAUUAAUACGAGUAAGCCCAAAGUUUAAAUUUGAUUAUGCUCAACAACCUAGAACGCAACAACCUUCUCCAAACGGCCUAAGCUGGUCGCAUUUGCCCGAUCGCCUUAGACCCUAUGAAAUCUCAGUAAAUGGGAAACGUCAGGGUGUCACAAAGAAAAAAUUGGAUACUCCAGUUGCUGCCUUGGCUAUUAGCAAAUAUAAACUGUUUCUUUGCUUUCUGGAGUUGCUUAGAUCCCAAAAAGAGAUAAGAAAAUCACUUGAUAUUCUGACCGAAGACCUUCCCAAUUUAUCGUAUGGAACAUGCAAACAAUUGGCCACGAGGUACCAAGAGGCUUGGCAGCAAUUAAAAUCUGAAUAUUUUGAGCAAUGGACAAGAAAGCCCGACAAACUUCUAGAAUUUAAAAGGAUAGCCUAACAAACAAACUGUUUACUAUUCUAAUCUUAAAGGAAAGAAGACAUUUUAUAGUGUGAGCAGUUCUCUUUAAAUGUAUGAAACCAGAAAUUUAUGCUGGCUCAAAUAUGUCUCAACUGCACUAAUAAUAAAAUUUGUCAUGGUUGGCCAGCCAAAAUGCAACUGCAUUCUAUUAGCUGGUUUGGAUCGAAGGAAAAAUAAACGAAAAUGUCUUUCUUUAUUAACAUUAUGACAUAACAUUAUUACCAUAAUGAUAUAGCCAUUACCGAAAACCAACUGUUUUAGUUAAAUUAAGAAAUUAAACCGAAAACCAACUGUUUUAGUUAAAUUAAGAAAUUAAAUGCAAUAUUACUGUAACUGUAAUGACAAUGAAAGCCUUAAUCCGUUGAAA